GUCCGGACAACAUUGCCCUGGGUUAUUUUAAGCUUUUGAUUGCGCGACACAAGUUCUUGCCUCAGUCAGCAAUUCUUGGAAAUCAUGUGAUCCCAGAGACAUAGCGGAAACUAUAGCGGACGCUUGAUGUUUGCUUUACAUUUUUGGUGGCUAGAUAUAAAAAGAUAUAAUAAUCAUGGGCUGCUUUCUUGGACGCCAACAGAGAGCUGAAAUCGAACCGCUAUUACAAGGGCGUCUCGGUUUGGCUAAUUUCAGAAAUGGAAGAGACGAAGCAAAUUCUACUAGAGAUCGAAGAUGCAUCAAAUGGACCGUUAAAGGGAUGGCCCGGACACUUGGCAUAUGGGAUCCCUCGGGUUGUGGUGUCAUGCUAUCCUUUCUCAUGGCAUUGAUUAGCUUGUUUCAGCUUGCCUACGAUCUUUUUGUCGUCUGUGGCUGCCCUGGUUUUGACUGUGGAUACCUCCAAAAGCACGGCAAUCAUCAGAAGCAAAAACCCUUUCGCAAGACAUCCAAUACAAUGUACACACUGGCUUCCAUGGGCGGAUUCUUCUCCUUUACCUUGCUGCUUAUUUGUCUGCUGCUCGUGAAAAGACGACGCAAGCUUUAUGACUACAAAGCACUAGUUCCCCCAGACGUCUUAGAUCACGACUUGUCAAACAGACACUUGAACGUCAUGUCUGGAACUGUAGCACUCACCGUUGUGCUCUUUUCAGGUUCGGUCGGUUUGUUCUAUUACAUCGUACACUCUGAACCGAAAAACACUUAUUUCUACUGGUUAGUGACUGGUGUAGCUUCGCAGUUUCUCUCCCAGUGGGCGGCUAUAGUAGCAUGCCAUUUAUUUGCAAUCUGCUGCUGUUCAAUGGGUAAGUAGAUAGUCCAAA